AUGACUUCCUCUCCAGACACAGGAGAAGUGAGGAAACCAGGAAGCAAAGUUCUUGACAAAUUUGAUGUGAAUACCAGGGGUACGGUAAAUGACAGCUGCUUGAAGGUGAACAGUCUGGAAGAGGCUUAUACUGUAGAGUGGACCUCAAAUGUUGAGAACGUAAGGACUGUUCAUGGGUAUAUAGAGGUGAAGGCAGUGUACACAAAAGAUACUGAUUUUACCAAUCUCACGACAAACCUGGUUAAAGAGUUCAUCAUCUUUGGGUUCCCAAGUCUCCAGGGAUACAACGUUCCGCUGUUCUACAUUUUUCUGUUCAUCUACCUAUCUACAGUCACGGGUAAUGGUCUCAUACUCCUGCUCGUCAUCCUGGAUCAGAGGCUGCACACGCCAAUGUACUUCUUUGUCGGCAACCUAGCCUUCAUGGACAUGAGUUCUGCUACGGUGACCAUCCCCAAGAUGCUGAGCAAGUUCUCAAUGCACCUGGAUAUCAUUUCCUUCAUGGGCUGCUUCCUUCAGAUGUACUUCUUUGUGUGUUUGCUGGCAGUUGAGUGCCUUCUUCUCUCCAUGAUGGCCUAUGACCGCUAUCUAGCGAUCUGUUCUCCGCUUCAUUACCAUAACAUUAUGACCAGACAGUUAUACAUUCUCCUAACUACAUUGUCAUGGUUGCUGGGAUUUGCUUCCCCAAUUGCAAUGAUAGUAUUAGCUCUUAAAUUGCCCUUUUGUGGCCCGAAUGUCAUUCACCAUUAUUACUGUGAUCACCCACCUAUACUCCAGUUGGCUUGUGCCGACACGUCACUCAAUGUCACUGUUGGCUCCUCAGUUAGUGCUUUUCUACUUCUGUCCUGUUUCAUUCUGAUUGUGACAUCAUAUUUUAAAAUAAUAAAAUCUGUUCUCCAAAUCUGUUCAUCCAAUGGACGCAGGAAAACCUUCUCCACCUGCGCCUCCCAUUUUACAGUGGUGAACAUGUACUUUCUACCUUUGAUUUUUAUGUACAUUCGGCCAACUCCCUCCUACUCCUCUGACAUAGACUCACUGGUGGCAAUGUUCUAUACAGUAUUAACCCCAAUGCUGAACCCUGUUGUGUACAGCCUGAGAAAUAAAGACAUUAAGGAUUCUUUCAUAAAACAACUACAUUGGAUCUCAUUUAGAGUUGGGGGAAAAAUCCAACAGGGAAGUGAAACAUUUAUCUUCAGCCCUCAAACGUAUGAAAAGAUUCUAAUGAAUAAGGAAGACUGUAGCCGUCAAGAACCUGCAUUCCUGUAG